GUGUUAGUCCCCAAAAGAAAAGAGUUUACGGCCAUUUCCUUCGUCUCUCUUGUUCGCUUUCAGUCUCUCGCUCUCGCCACACUCAAAUAUUCUUCGUCGAUCCCUCUCUCUUUUUCUCGCUUCCCCUCUUCGUUUCGCUACCGAUUUUCUCUCCGAGGGGUCAUUUUCCGGCGCCGUUCUCCGUUAGCCGAUAUCGUCUUCGUUGAAGGUGAGGAAGUAUGGUUCAAAAGCAAGAAGAAAUGAAUGGCUGUGGUCUCAACGGUGUUGUAGGAGAAUUUACAGUGUCACCCCAGGGAAAAGGAAGGAAAAACAAGAGAAAGUUAGCUGAUCCUUCUCAACAUAUUGCUGCUUCUCUGACUGAAUUCCCUCGAUAUGAGUUACCUUCGUUGAAAACGCAAGAUAAUUUGAAUGGCAAUGUGUCGACUGAGAAUGUUGAAGAGCCUGAAUCUGUAGAAUGGGAUGACCCAUUUGCCUGUCAUCUUGAAGAAUUGUUGUCAUCAAAUUUGCUCACGCUCUUCCUUAAUGCAAUGAAGCAAGUUAUUGAUUGUGGCUAUACCGAUGAUGAUGUUCUGAAAGCUAUUUCUGGCAGUAGGCUCUACUGUGGAGGCAAUGAUCUUGUGUCGAACAUUGUCAAUAACACCUUGAGUAUUCUCAAGAAUGGAAACGAAAGUGCUGCUUCAAGAGACUAUGUUUUUGAGGAUUUACAACAGCUUGUCUCGUAUACAUUGGUAGAAAUGAUUAGUCUUGUUAAGGAGGUUAGACCGUCCCUAUCAACAGUUGAAGCAAUGUGGCGGCUUUUGAUGUGCGACUUGAAUGUCUUGCAAGCAUUUGAAGUUGAAUCAUCUGAAUCUCCAGGUUUCAGUUCGAGUAAAGCAUCUGAAUCUCUUGGUGCUGAAUGUAAUCCUCCAAACUCGUGUGACCCAGAUAACCCCAAGCCUCCGCAAACCAAUGUUCAAAGCAACCGGAGUGAGCCACUCAAAUUUGGAAACUUCCCAAAUGUAGGUAACUCCAAAAAUACUCAUUCUUGUGGAACAACUUCAGGAAAAGAAGUAUCUUCAGGUAGCACUGUCUCUGGUGCAGGCAUUAAAAGUACAUCGUUUACUCUAGUCUCGGAUGAAAAAUUAGUAUCUUGUCGAAAACUCCGCACUAAAAAGGAAAUAGCCAUGCUUCGUCAGAAAUCCUGUGUGGAGAAGAUUAGGACUUACAGCAAAGGCAGUGGCUACAAGGCGGCAAAGUUUGCAUCAGUCGGCAGUUUCCUUCUAGAGAAAAGAGUCAAAUCAUCUUCUGAAUUGGGGGCAAGAAACUGUUCAUCAAAGAUAACAGCAGAAAUUGGGGUGAAAGUUUCAUUAGAGGAAAGCAGCUGUUUCGUACGUAAGAAGAGUAGUAAGUUAGAUUCACCUGUGGUCGUGGUAGAUGCAAAGGGGUAUAUAACUGCCUUACCCGCCACUUCUGCCUCAAAAAAAAAGUCUGGUAGUGCAACUCUGGUACCUUCAGCUUCAGAAAAGAAGUCUGCUUCUUCUGUACCAAUAGCUUCAGAAAAGAAGUCUGCUUCUUCUGUACCAAUAGCUUCAGAGAAAAAGUCUGCUUCUGAGUCUGAAGAAAAGGCUUCUGUGUCUGAAAAGCUAGCACCAGAUUACUACGCUGGGAUCCCAUAUGAUGCAUCUCUGGGUAUAUACGUUCCCCGGGAUAAAAAGGAUGAACUGAUUCUAAAGCUAGCUCCUCGAGUGAAUGACCUACAGAAUGAACUGCAGGUAUGGACGGACUGGGCUAAUCAGAAAGUAAAAGAAGCAACUUGUAGACUACUGAAGGAUCAGCCAGAGCUUAAGGCACUAAGGAAAGAGCGAGAAGAGGCACAACAGCAUAAAAAAGAUAAGCAAUUAUUGGAAGAAAGCACUAUGAAGAGGCUGUCUGAGAUGGAUUUCAAGGUGAAAGAUAAGACCAGCCUGUUUGAAAAAGCUAACAAUACUGCUCGCAGGCUCGAGGCAGAACAAUCUUUACUGAAGAAAGAGUGGGAAGCUGCUAAGAUAAGAGCUGCUGAGUCUGCUGAGAGUUGUAGAGAAGCAAAAGAGAGAGGGCAAAGAUCAUUGAAGGAUACUCAGUUGUGGGAAGGGCAAAAGAUUCUGUUGCUGGAAGAGCUCAAGAGUCAAAGAGACAAGGUGACAGUGCUGCAAAAAGAAGUUACGAAAGCAAAAAAUCGCCAGAAUCAAAUUGAGGCUACUUUGAAGCAAGAAAAGACAGCCAAAGGGAAGCUCACUGCUCGGGCUUCUGCAAUAAAGAAAGAAAGAAAGGAACUUGAAGCACUUGGAAAGGCAGAAGAAGAGCGGAUCAAAGCGAAAGCAGAAGCAGACGUGAAAUACUACAUAGAAAACAUCAAAAGACUUGAGAGAGAUAUCUCAGAGCUGAAACUGAAAUCAGACUACUCGAGAAUAGUGGCGCUGAAGAAAGGUGGCAAUGACUCAAAGGCAACGAAAAGAGAGAAUCUUGGAAUGACCAAAGUCAAGAGAGAAAGAGAAUGUGUGAUGUGUUUGUCUGAAGAGAUGAGUGUGAUCUUCUUGCCUUGUGCUCACCAAGUUCUUUGUUUUAAUUGCAAUCAGCUUCAUGAGAAAGAAGGAAUGAUGGAUUGCCCGUCUUGUCGUGGGACGAUCCAGAGGAGGAUUCAAGCUCGUUUCGCUCGCAUCGGGUAAAAGCUUUUUUUUUCCCAGUUAAACCUUAUAGAACACUAUCUCUCUCUCUCUCUGAAUAACCCAGGUUUGGUUAGAAACCAGCUUUGGCUUUUGCUUUUCUACUUUGAAAGGUGAAUGAUUUUAAAUACUAAGCCAAUUUGAAUACGCAUGGUUUACCUCUUGGUAACUCUGGCUCUUCGUUUUUUUUUCUAUAAUAAUCCCUGUUUCUCU